AUGAUCUACGAUUUUUCAGGGUCAGGAGAGAAUGAGCAGCAAAGGAAUUCCAAAGUAUCGCGUGAAUCGAGAACAUCGGUAACAUCGAACGAAGUCACGCAACUCACUAACAUCAUGUCACCUAACACCUACUCUUCUCCCAGGCAAAAUGGCGACGUUGGCCAUUCUGAGUCCGAUGAUGACUCUGCGGAAGUUUUCGAAAGGCAGCCUGACCUGGAUUGGAAUCAAUUAGACGCGAAUGCGUGGUCAAUGCUGGAUGCGUUAGUUGACGAUGGCGAUGGACGUGUGCUAGAGCGGCUUCUCGAUCAGAAGGAUUAUGCCGCUGCGUUUAUGCUCGCACGUGACAAUGCCAGUCUCACUCGUCUUGUCACUGAGAGGUACAUUGCAGAGCAGUUAUCAGCUUCGCAACGGCUUCUAUCCUUGAUAGCUACAGAAAGCUUUGAGCAGCUCAUUGAAAAGUUCCCCCGUGAGCAAUGGUCUCGUCUAUUGGCUCUGAUCUUGGCAAGAAGUGGUCGUGCUCAACUCAUCCACAUCAUGCGGAAGUUAGCCACGAAAUGGGCUGGCGAUGGAGGACCGGACUCUGUUCAUGCAGCAUUCGCUGCAGUCCUUGCGCAAGACGUUGGACUCCUUCUGGCUGCAAACCGCUGUUAUUCUCUAGAGGAAAGAAUGAAGCAAGCGAUAGUACUGCGAUCCGUAACUGGUGCCACUAUGAACGAAGAAUUUGAAAAGCUUCUCUAUAGUUAUUGCGAAAAACUUAUUGAUGGUGGAGUUAGUGACUUUGCAUGGAAAACGUUGAGCAAUCUCAAGUUAAAGGAUGAGCGACUUUUGGCGCUUCGCCAUGACCUCUUCCAGAUAUGUGGUGGAGAAGAGCGCACGAUGGCUAAGGAACCGGAAAAACCUCAUCGCGAUCACAUCCAGGCUAUCAACAAUGCUCUUUAUCCGUCGCGUUCUCAACAACGGAAUCCUGUGUUCUCCCCCGCCUCGACUGCUUCAGUAUCAUCACCAUCGGCAUUCUCGCUCAUAGGCCAGCAUCGUCAACCAUACAAUGCCAUGCAGAGCAUGCAGCCAAGACCUGCGUUCCCGAGCCAGACCUACUCCAGUUACGCCCCGACCCCACCGCUGCCCCCACCCAUUCCCGGUUACCAGCAGUCUCCUGCAGUUGGUUAUGUCCCCACCCCACCGCCACCCAUACCUGGACCACCACCUGUCCCUAGUUUCCAGCCGUUCACCCCUGCUUCGAUGUAUAACAGUCAACCACCUGCAGUGCCUGGUUUUAAUCCAAUUCAAGCUCCUAUACCACCCCCACCAGUAGUCCCUGCUUCGUUUUCUAAUGUGCCUAACGCUAACUAUAACUAUGCAAGCAACAUUCCACAAGCAGGUUAUGCUCCUUCGCCUUCGACCGUGCCAGCACAGGAGUUUUCCUCGAAGAGCUCGACCGUUUCGCCAACUGGAGGCAGUGGUGGCGAUAACGAAUCUUCCACUCAUGGAUGGAACGAUCCACCACCGCUUACUGCGCGUACAACUCCGGCAGCAGCUCCUAUAUUUGAGGUGAACUGGAAACCACUCGAGCAACCACCAGUAUCUCUUAACAAUGGUCUUCCUGGUGUAGCCAGCGGUGCUCCCUUGCGACCACCGUCAAGCGCUUCUACACAUCAUCAGCAAGAACAUCGCGAAAUACCACAGGUAGUCUUAUCACCGGAAGAUCAGCUAAUUAUGGACCGAUUCCACCAACUAAUCAAUUCCAUCCUUUCAGUUAAUCGCACGCCGGUCGCAGUUCAUAAAGCAGAAGAGGCAAAAACUCGAUUAGGAUGUGAACUUGCUCCGAGGCUGGCCUCAGGAAAGCUAGGGUUCGCCACUCGUAAGCUAUUGUGGCAAUGUUCUGAGCAAUCAUCUCAUGGAGAUUACCGUGGAGCAGUGGCGACAUGUGGACAUUUGGUCCGAUCAGGAGGAGACUUCGUGGAGGUGUCUGUCUUCUUGCCAGCGCUGAAGUCGCUGUUCUCAUUAGCGCAGUCGACAUUUGCGAGGUGA